ACGAAGUAGAAAAACAGAACCCUCGCCGGCGCAGGCUUGGCGGGUGCUCGGGAAAAAUUGCCCACCCCGCCAACCCCCUCAGCCACCACAAACCGGGACGGCGGCACCUCACCAGUCACCGGCCUCAUAGUUCUCCAAUUUAAUCCGCGAACGAUUUCCUCUCCAUAUUCUCGGCGUCCUCUCUUCUCUUCUUCACUUCACGCUAGGGGAUCAUUGGAAGCAGCCGCCGCCGCCGAAGAGAGCCGAGUGGAAGCUUAAGCGGAGGAAGCCAUGGCCAUAGCUGCCACUGUCUCUUUGCCCCUGACUUCCCCUUCCCGCGCUGCUCGUCUCAGCUCGGUUCCCGCGCUCCGGUCCUCUUUCCUCUCUCAUUCUUCGUCUAACACUAGCGUCUCUAUUCGCGCGAGCAUUGCUCCAAGAAACCCUAGGUUCCGCAUCUCGAUGACCCUACAGGCUCCGGAGAAGAGCCUAGGCGCUUCCUCCUUCCUCGAUCGCCGGGAAAGCGGAGUCCUUCACUUUGUUAAGUACCAUGGCCUCGGCAACGACUUCAUCUUGGUGGAUAAUAGGGAUUCUUCAGAGCCUAGGAUUACUCCAGAGCAAGCAGUGAAGCUUUGCGAUCGUAACUUCGGGAUAGGUGCUGAUGGAGUCAUAUUCGCCAUGCCUGGAACCAAUGGCACUGAUUACACCAUGCGGAUUUUCAAUUCUGACGGUAGCGAGCCUGAGAUGUGUGGCAACGGAGUUCGAUGCUUUGCAAGAUUUAUUGCUGAGCUUGAAAAUCUACAGGGCAGACAACGCUUUACAGUUCACACUGGUGCUGGUUUAAUUGUCCCAGAGAUUCAAGAUGAUGGGAAGGUUACAGUUGAUAUGGGCGAGCCUAUACUUAAGGCAUCUGACGUGCCUACAAGACUAUCGCCAAACAAGGGCCAGUCAGUUGUGAAAUCAGGAUUGGUAGUGGAUGGGGUAACCUGGGAUGUGACAUGUGUUAGCAUGGGGAAUCCUCAUUGUGUCACUUUUGGUAACAAAGAAAACCAGAGUUUGCAGGUUGAUGAGUUGAACUUGGCUGAAAUUGGUCCCAAGUUUGAGCAUCACGAGAUGUUUCCUGCAAGAACUAACACAGAGUUUGUGCAAGUUUUCUCCAGUUCGCACCUGAAAAUGCGUGUUUGGGAACGUGGGGCAGGAGCAACGCUCGCCUGUGGCACUGGUGCAUGUGCAGUGGUGGUUGCUGCAGUUCUUGAGGGCCAUGCUGGAAGAAAUUGCACGGUUGAUUUGCCUGGAGGACCACUAGAGAUCGAAUGGCGAGAGGAAGAUAAUCACAUUUACAUGACAGGCCCUGCUGAAGUGGUAUUCUAUGGAUCUGUUCCCCUUUAAUUGCGAUCGUUGCAAAGUUGUUGCUGUGUUCAUCUUUUGCUUCACUGGAAUAAUCGAGAUGUAUGCUGUGGAAAGCAUGAAGAGAUUAUGCGUUUUUCACACUGAAACAUUCUCCUGGCUGUGAAAUGAAAAAGAAAGGCUAUCGUACCAACUUUCAUGAGA